AUGGUGCCCCCAAGAAGAAAGAAAUGGACGGAGGCCGAGGAGAGGACUCUGAUCGAUAAAUACGGGGAGAUGGUGGCUGAUGGGACCCUGGCUAAGAUGAAGACUAGAGAGAAAAAGUUCAAACCCAUUGCUUAUUAUGUGAAUUCUGUGCACUAUGUUCAAGACCCUGUUGCCUACCGCUGGCAGUGGUCGUGGAAAGAUGUGUCCACUAAGGUCCAGAACAUGAGGCACCAGUAUCUGCUUGUCAAGCAGAAGAUUAAGAAGCAGCAGCAGCCGGAGAGUAAUUCCGGCGGUGGCGGUGGUGGGGAUAGUAGUGGGGAGUGUAGCGUGGAGGAGUUUGAUUGGAUGGAGGGGCUUACGCAUUGGGCUAAUUUCUUGAGGUAUAAGGAGGUUUUUGGGGAUAUUGUGGGUAGUAAUGGGAAUGAUUUGAUGGGCGGUGGAAAUGGGGAUUGUGAGAAUGUUGGGGGGUUUGUGGGGGGUGGGAGGGGAAUGGAGAUUUCGGAGUUUGGGCAGAUGGGACAUUCGGAUGGGGAUUUCGGGGGAGGGAUUGAUAAUGGGAUGAUGGGUUUGGGGUUUGAGUAUGAUGGGGAGGAGGGAGGGGAGAAUUUUAAUGGGGAUGUUAGGAUGAGGGAGGAUGGAGAUGGGAGGUUUGUGUGUGAAGAGGUGGAGCAGAAUGGUUCUAGUUUAAAGAAGAAGAGGAAGAGGGAGGUUUCGACCGCGUUGGGAAAGAAGGCGUGGGCUUUUAUUGGUAACCAGCUGGGAAAGUUGAGGGAAAUGGAGUCUCGGUUUGAACAGCGUGAGGCGGAGAGGGAAAGGGAGAGACAGAGGAGUGAGAGUUUUAGAAUGGAGUGUGAGCAAGAACGGGAAUGGAAAUGGGAGGAAUGGGUGAAGAAGAAGGAGGAGAAAGAAAAGGCAAGGGAGCAGUUGAAGAAGCAGAGGAUUCAAGAAUGGGAAGCAUUCGAGAAGGACAGUGAGGAGAGAGAGAGAAGAAGAAGAGAAGAAGCGUUGAUUCAUGAGAGGGAAUGGGAGGAGAGGAUGAAUAGGAGGAGGUCAGAAUGGAAGAAGAGGAUGGAUGAUAUGUUGGGUCACCACCGGGCAGAGAUGGGCCAAAUGCAGACUCGCAUUCUCCAUGAGCAGCAAAAUCUUACGAGCCAGUUAUUGGGGAUUGUCUCUCAGUGGACUGCUCAUCCAGCUGGACUGUCUGAUCAUACUGGUGCAAGCAACCAUUAUUUAUCACAGAUGAUGCAGAAUUUGCACCAUGUGAAUAGUUUGGAUCAUGACGAUGCUAGGGUUGAUGGAGAUAAUCAAGAUGAUCAGUUCAUUGUUGACGGAUGA